AUGUGGGUCGAGUUGGGUGUUGGUGCUCUUGCUGCCGUCUUGCUCCUACUGUUGUACGAUGUAAUCAGGCCUACCAACUACCCCCCAGGCCCUGGUUGGCUACCGGUGGUUGGCAAUUUAUUGAUGUUCUACAAUCUCCGCAAGAAGCUUGGGUUUACUCACCUGGUAUGGUCUCGCCUGGCAGAGAUCUACGGACCCGUGACAGGUCUCAGAUUAGGCAGAGACCUCAUAGUGAUAGUAUCCGGCCAACAGCACAUCAAAGAGGUUUCCAUCAAGGACGACUUUGACGGCAGACCGGAUGGUUUUUUCUUUAGACUUCGAUCAUACGGCGAAAGACUAGGAGUUGCAUUUGUGGAUGGUGCUUAUUUCCAAGAACAAAAACGUUUCAUCCUUCGUCACCUGAAGGAGUUUGGCUUUGGAGGAAGUUCGAUGGAACAGCGGAUUUUGGAAGAUACAGAACAACUCGUCGAGUGGCUGAAAAACCAGUCAGGACCUGUGUCUAUCCAAGACAUGUUCGAUGUGUCGAUGCUGAACAACCUGUGGGCAAUGCUGGCCGGGAAUCAGUUCUCUUUGUCAGACAGAAGGCUGCGGCACCUUCUGAACCUGCUGCGGGAGAGUUUCCAUCAGCUGGACAUGUCAGGAGGUUUGCUGAACCAGCUGCCUUGGCUGCGACAUGUAGCUCCUGACCAUUCUGGGUUUCGUCAAAUAGUCCACAUGCUCAACAGCAUCCUUGAUUUUAUGCAGGAAACUGUAAAGGAGCAUCAAUCAACACUAAAACCUGGAGUGAUUCGUGACUUUAUUGAUGCCUUCUUACAUGAAAUGGAGGAAAAUAAUUUAAAAAAUUGUUCAUCCUUUACUGAGAAACAGCUACUUGUACUUUUGAUGGACAUGUUCAUGGCAGGAUCGGAAACAACCAGCAAUACUCUUGCUUUUGCCACACUAUUCCUGCUUCAACACCCUGAUGUGCUUGAACUCGCGGUCAAAGAACUCGACUCAGUUGUGGAGCAUGGGAAACUUCCUUCACUGAAAGACAGACCAAGGUUAACUUUUAUUGAAGCAAUAAUUUUGGAGACACAGAGACUGGCAAACGUAGCACCUGUUACACCUCCUCACAGAGCAAAGAGGAAAACCACUCUGAAUGGAUACACUAUACCAAAGGACACAGUUAUCCUGCUGAGUCUAUACAGUGCUCAGAUGGAUGCCAGCUACUGGGGGGAUCCUGAAGUGUUUCGUCCUCAGAGGUUUCUUGAUACCAAUGGAAUGGUCAUUCAACAUGACUGUUUUAUGCCAUUUGGUUUAGGUAAAAGACGCUGCCUGGGAGAAGUUCUGGCAAAGCCAAGCCUCUUCCUGUUCCUGUCAACAUUAUUACACUGCUUCACACUGUCAUUAGCUCCUGGAGAGGAGCUACCAACAACUCCAGCUAUUGAUGGAGCUACCCUCACUCCUCCUCGGUUUCACUGUGUGUUGACACAUCGGUCCUAGUGGGUUUAAUUACAAAGGAUG